CCACCACAACUAGGAUUAUGUGACUAUUGUAAACUUCAAAUGAAUGAUGAUAGUGUAGUACUUGUUUGUGGCCAUGGAUAUCAUUCAGCUUGCUAUGUGUUUAUUGUGAAAAUUUUUAUAAAAACGGUAUCUAUGAAAAUGUAAAUGCAUUUUUAAAAAGAAUUGAAAAAGGAACAGAUAUGCUUACACAGGAUGAUCUAGAUGAUGAAAUUAUCGAAGACGAGGAAGAAGGGACGGAGGAGACAGAAUGUGAACAGACAGAUAUAUCUGUCGCAUUAGCACUAGCAAUUAACAAUAUAAAUUACUGCAUGUGGCAAGACAAUUGCAGAUUUUCAAAAAAAAAUUCAAACCAUACACUUAAAAUUGAAAAUCACUUUUCAGAAAAGCUCCAAGGAUUUGUUGGUAUUUACUCAACAAUUAUACUGGGAUAUUUGAUGUUUUAUAUACAAAUUUUCAAGAACAUCAAGGAUUAUUUAAAAGCAUUACAAAUAAUUUUAGCUAUAAAUAAAAAAACAAAGCAUUUAAAAAACCAAGUUGCACCAAUUGUUGCAGAUUGGCCUGGAUAA